GAUGUGGAGUUAGGUCGGGGAGGCGGGGCCCGGCGCACGGCGGUGUGCGGCAGAGGUGCUGGGGUGGUGGAGCAGCGGACGAGGCCGGGAUGGCGGCGCCGCUCGCUCCGCGCCGGGGAGCCGGGGCUGCCGGCCGGCGCUGGUUGGUGUUGCUGCCGCCCCUGCUGCUGGUGCUGCUGCUGGUGCGGCCCGCGGGGGCCCUGGUGGAGGGGCUCUACUGCGGCACGCGCGACUGCUACGAGGUGCUGGGCGUGAGCCGCACGGCAGGCAAGGCGGAGAUAGCGCGGGCCUACCGCCAGCUGGCCCGGCGCUACCACCCCGACCGCUACCGGCCUGAGCCUGGCGAUGAGGGCCCGGGACUGACGCCGCAGAGCGCCGAAGAGGCCUUCCUGUUGGUGGCGACCGCCUACGAGACUCUUAAGUGAGGAAAUCUAGUGGUUCAGACAAACAGGCAGAAGGACCCGGUGGCAUAUAAGGAAGCACUGGAGGGAUGGAGGACUUCCAGAAGAGAGGGCAGCAGAAACACUGGCAACUGUUGCCUUAUGCUGGGGUUGGAGAUGGUUUGGCAUGAGAGUGGUGAGCAUGUUAGUAAACGAGAACCAAGAAUGAGAGAUGAUAGAUAAAUUCUUGCUGGGAGGAACCCCAAGAUUCUUAACUAUUCUUGCCAUUUUCUUGCAGACACAUAUUUGGAGGCUGAUUUGGCAGAUCUGCAUUGGUUGCCUCUAAAAUGUUUUACCCCUAAAGUUUAGGGUUGAUUGGUUAGCUAAUGAAAGCUCAAUGAAAUAAUUUGUGCACUUUUUGGCAGUUAAAAACUGGUAUGUCUGGAGAAAGUAACACUUAUUUUUUUUUCAAGUUUAUUUAUUUAUUUAGAGAGAAAGAGCAAGUUGGGGAGAGGUGGAGAGAAAGAGGGAGAGAGAGAAUCCCAAGCAGGCUCCCGCACUGUCAGUGUGGAACCUGACAUGGGGCUGGAAUUCAUGAACCAUGAGAUUGUGACCUGAGCCGAAAUCAAGAGUUGGACGCUUAACUGACUGAGUGACCCAGGCACCCCAAAAGUAACACUUUUAAUCUUGAUUCCAACAAGAGGUUUUCAGUACUACAAAUGUCUCCAAACAGGAAACAAUUGGAGUUGUGCUGAUGGAGGAGGGAGUGAGAGAAUGUGCAGUAGUUUCCCCAGCCCCAUUCAGAGUUACUGUCAGAGGAAAGGGAUGUCUAGGGAUGGUUUGGACCCUGAAAAUCAGACCUAGCUCAGCUCUAUGAAACCAGUUUUACAGUUAUAGAGAUGGACUUCUAAGUGGAACACUUCCAGAAACUUUUCUUUUUCAAACUUCAUUGCAGAUUCCCUCUCCUGGAAUAAAGAAAAGGACUUUGAUUUGCUGUAUGUGGAAGUUAUUAAAAACAAACAGGGUGGUCAGGUUUUAUUUCUGUCAUAAUGAAAAACUGUGAGUAAGCGGCCAGAGAAUUCAUUUCUGGGUAAUGCAAAGAUCUAGUGAACUGGGGUCAUCCAAUUUGGACAGCCUCAGCCUUCAAAUUAUCCCUUUGAGGCAAUGGGGAUGUAACUACUACUUGAGUUAUAUCUGCAGGCUGGAAUCAGGGCUUGUGAGGGAUAAGAGGUUCACAUGGCCUUUGCUAAGAGCACAUCAGAUAGAAUAGUGGGAGGGGUUGGUAGGUUCCAGUGGCUCUGGAAUAAGGAGAUCCAGAAGCCUAUCUAGAAUUCCACAUAUCAUCUCAUGGAGGUAGCAGAUGCCUACCUGGGACCACUUCUUUUCUGUUUGCUAGUUUUGGUAUGCGCUGUAUCUUUCUCCAUAAAGAAUAACAGUAAACCCUGUGAGAGGUGUACUAUGUACAAAGCCAGCCAGAAAGAGGAAGGGACUUGGGAAGACUGUGUCCUCCUUCAUAGCCAUGUGCAGUUAUUCCUGGCAUAUGGAAGAAGUUGAUUUUAUAUUUGCUUUGUAAAAUGCACAGGUAGAUUCCAUCUUGAAACAGUGUAUCUAAAAGAAAUUUUUCCUUUCUUGAAAUCUGAAAUGAUUACUUAUAAAUUCAUUGGAGCUAGGAGUCUUUUUUCUUCCCCCAUAAUUUUUUGAUAACCUUUUGAUUUCUCUUAUUAUUAGUCUGUUCAAGUCUCUUAAUAUUUUUAAUAUAUGUGAUAUAAGAAGCUACAUUAUAUCUUCAUUAUAAGCUUAUAGUGGUUUUCCAUCAAAACUUCUAAUAACCAAGGAUCUCUGAAUGUUGAUAAUAAAAUACAUCACCAAAAUGGGAACUUAUAUUGUGAAUUCUUGUGGAUUUAUGCCUGAAGUUGUCUUGGUCAAAUAAAUACCUCUUUGAGAGAGAGAGGCUUUUUAAGAUGGCGGUUGUUAAAAAAAUAAGUACACUAACGGGAUUUAAAUACAGUUGGUAAGACAGGAGAUAUCACACUUGCUCAUUGUUAUUUUAGCAACACAGAUUCUACCUGUGCACAGAGAUACUGAGGAAAACCAGAAAAAGAAGGAUGGGUAAUUGUGGAAGGCGAAGGCACUGGUCAGAUGCUUUCAUCAAGUCAUGCUUAGUUCAGAUUUUCAAAUAACUUAAAAAUGCAGUUCUCAGCAGGACGUCAAACCAUUAUGAUUUUACACACUGUGUUAUAUUUGCUUCAUCAUAUAAGCAAAGUUAAGACAAUGAAAUAGUAUUUAGUGUAUUCGACUACUGGGAUUCAGGGAAUUUGUGGACUUUGGAAGUUAAGUAAAUGGACUCUCACUUGCUGUGUCAACAUUGAAUCUUUUUAUGUGGAUAUAGCACUUAUCACACUGCACUGUAAAUAUGGAGUAGCCCUCCUUUCUUCACUAAACCAUCUCCUUGCCUUUUUGUAUGUAUAUCCAUGGAACCUAGCUCAGUGUCUGGCACAUCAGAUAAUGAAUGUUUGUUAAAUGAAAACUCAUAUUUGGAGAUAGAUUCAGAUUGAAUGGAAAUUGAAAGUGGAUUUCUGACAUUGUGACCUUGUUAUGUGAAGCCUACUUUGGUAUUUUACCCUAAAUUAACUGUAGUUUUAAAGAGUGGUAUAGAUAAAGUAGAUUGGAUGGCUAUGAAUGAAAAGUUCCCGCAUGAGAGAAAAUGCACAUCUAUUUUUAAGGAUAAAUUCUGUUUUUUUGAGUGAAAACAUUAACCCUUUUUGAAUAUAGAUAACAAUUGGAUGAAGUAGAUGGAAUACGGAAGGCAUAGAAGUAAGCAGAUGAGGGAACAGGUGGAAAGAAUGCACUUAGAAAAUGGGAAAAUAGAAUUUGACACCAUUUUGCAAAAUCACAAAAGAACAGAAAAGAUCUUGGCAGUAUUGCCAAAAGAUCUUGGCAUGAAUGUUAUCUGAUAAGAUAGGAGAUCUGUAGUGAGAGCCUUUUACUACUUUAGCCUUGUCUUGGCAGGGAAGUCACAAGAACACUUUAGUUUUCUAUCAGUCUAGUUGGUGUAGCAGAGCUUUAGCACUUAUGAAGAAUUGGGUAUAAGGGGGGGAUUCUGAACACCCUACCCUUUUAUGUGACUGUUUAUUGUUCUUCCUUAGUUUAUUCUCUUAUUCAGUCCUUUCUGUAACUGGUACUGAGGGAGGCGCUGAGGGAGGAGACAAUAACAAUGAAGAAGGCACAGUUCUUGCCUUUAAUCUUUUAACAUAACAAGGAGACAGGUACUUAUUGUGUGGUUAUUAUUUAUUUAAGUUAUAUAAUAAAAUGUGUAGGUUAUAUUGCAGCACUGAGAGGACACAAUUAUUUCUUCUUUGGGGAUUGGAGAAGAAUGUACUCUUUGAUCUGGAUCUAGAACAGUCACCAACAGUUGACAGUGAAGGGAUAUUCUUGGUAGAGGGAAAACCUGAUCAACAAAAACAUGGAGUCAUGAGUAUGUAAGACUCAUUCCAGGAAUGAGAUAUAGUUUGGUAAGGUAUUAUAAUAGUAUUUUCUCCACCAAUGAUCACUUUUAUUAUAUUUCUCUGAAGUACUCUUUGUUUUGAGGAACAAUUAACUGCAUUUCUUAGAAUUAUUGUUUUUCUUUCCUAGCAUCUAUCCAGAUUAAUCAAUCAUUCAUAAUAAUUGGGUAUUCAUAAAAAUAAUAAAAACCUUGUAAAUUUUGAAUACAGUUGUGAUGCUGAUAAACAGCCAACUUAAUUAAGCUUGAUGGCAGAUAGUUUUCAUUUUACAUGUCAACUCUGAUUGGUUAUGACUCCCUGAAAUACUUGUAAAGGUUUUGAGAUCUUGUCUGGGUUUAGUGAGAAGGAAGGAGGACAUGUUCAAUAGUGAUUCCUCCCAUGGGCCCAGAAGAAGGGUGUGGUACCUUAUGCACCACACACACUAUUUCUGCUGUGAGUCCAUAAGUGUUUAUUUUUUACUGAUCCCUUAAUUUCAACUGUUAUUCCCUACUUACGGCAAAGACUGAUUGUAUACCAGAUGUAUUUAAUUUUAGUUCUGUGACUACCUGACACAUGAUGUUAUCAACACCCAGAGCUUUUGAUUAACACAAAAACGACUGAGUUGAUAGAAUUCUGGCCAGAAACUGAGCACUUGAGAUUUUAAUUUAGCCUGUGCAGAUUUAUCAUGGGUAAAAAGAACAUUUUGAGAUACUCACAGCACAGAGACCCUUAUAGCAUUUUUCACAGAUUUUAGAGGAUCCACUACUUUUAGGUUAGAAGCCUGUCAGGCAUAUGGUAAGGAGAUGUUUCAGGAGACUGGAACAUAGUUUGGGAUCAGAUAAUGAACAACCUUUUAAUCUGUGUUCAGGAAUUCGAACUUUAUGUAUCAAAUAGUUACCAGAGGUUUUAAAGAGGAGAAAUAACACAACCUGAUGUUUCUCUCAGUAAGAAAAUUCUGAGAACAAUAUUCAGAAUGGGUUAGGGAAGACAGAGAGGUUUUUGACUGAAUUCAUUUCCACCAUUUUCUGGAAUUUUGUCAUUCUUCUUUGGUAACUUGAAAAUCUCUUAGUUGGUUCAUUUCACAUUCCUUUCACUUAAUUUUGCUUCUUUCAAAGCUACUGUCACAUCUUUCUUCUUUUUUCACUGUUGGCUAUCUUUACUUCCUCACCUCCUUUUCCUUCCAGCUGCUGUAGACUGACGUGUAUCAGCACACAUACUGGAAUUGUUCUUCAGGUGAACAGUGGUGCUCUAGGUGUCAGAUCUGAGAGCUGCUCUUCCUUUCUCCCUCCUGGUGUGAUCUGUGGCAUUUGAUGUUGCUGAUCAUAUAGUUCUUUAAGCUGUUCUCCCUAAACACCCUCAGUGUUAUUCUCUCCCUUUUCACCUGUCUUUCUAGUCAUUUCUUUUCAGUCUUUAUAAUCUUUUCUUCUGCCAACACCUUAAACAUUGCUUUUCCUUAGAGUUCUAUCCUUUGGGUACUCUUUUUUAUUUUUGUUUUCCAAUCUCUUCCUGGUGAAACUUAACUACAUCUGUGACAACUCUAAAAUCUGUGUUCUCUAGGUUCAUAUUUUCAGUUGUGUCUCAUUUUGUAGCAUAGUUACCCAAAAUUAAACAUUUGAGAAGUCCAUCUUGUUAUGUUUGUUAAAGCAUACAUUUUAAAAGAGGAUGUAAUUAUGACUCAUAUAAACACAAAAUGAACAUUGUCAGAUUUUAUUUAAUUAAUUAAUGAAGGAACCACUAAGAUAUUAAAAUCAGUUCAAAAGAGAAAAAUUGCCACACAUUCACGAACAGGGAACACUAAAGUGCCUGUAAAACUGGCCAGUAUGACAAGGCAAUAGUCAGUUGUAUUCCACUGGACACAAUUUAUCUUUCUGUGAAGAAGAAUUAUCUGCAUUACUUCCAGUUUUCUACAUGUUACUUCUGUCCCUAUAAAGGUGCAACCCUCCUUCAGGAAUAGAUAAUCCCAGGAGGCUCCAAGAAUUGAAAAGAUUCCAGUAAUUUUUUUCUUCCUUUUUCAGAAUCUUCCACUAUUUUCUCUAGCAUCUUCUCUAAACGUGAUAUCCUGUUCUUUUUUUUUUUAAGCUUAUUUAUUUUGAGAGAGAGAGAGAGAGAGCGAGCAAGAGUACAUGAGUAGGAGAGGGGCAGAGAGAGAGGGAAAAAAUCCCAAGCAGGCUCUGCACCAUCAGCGUGGAACCCCAUAUGGGGCUUGAACUCUUGAACCAUGAGAUCACGACCUGAGCUGAAAUCAAGAGUCUGAUGCUUAGCGGACUGAGCCAGCCAGGCACCCUCAUUCCAUUAAGCAUGAUAUUGUCAGAGUUAGCUUUCAAAAAUAAACACUUCUACUUAGUGGUAUUGUUCUCAUGCUUUAAAACAUUUUGUUUUUGAAUAGCACAGACAAUGCUACUCUAGCACUUCAGCAUGGCAUACAAGGUUCUCUCCAUGGUUCUUAUCCAAAUCUGUCUUCCUGGGCACAUUUACUACACUUUCUUCCUAAAUUUCCCUACUGUGCAACCUUCGCUGAAUCCAUUAAAUUCAUUGAUGCUUCUGUACUUCAACACUUGAUGUUACCUGUGGCUGGAACAGAUUUUACACUGUACUUGCUUUUCAAGAUCCAGUACUUAUUUCUUCUCUGCUGUGGUUUCUGUUACCAGUGGUCUCAGGCAGAGUUAGUCUUUUCUUCCUUAGCACAUCAAAUUGCAUUUUUCUUGCUAGAUUGUUCUAAAUGGAAGAGUUCUUGAGACCAGGACGUUAUCUUAUUUGUCUUUUUAUCCUCCUUUGAAUUGAGCACAGGCUUAAUGCCCCGUGUAAUUAUGCCCCUGAUUUGAAAAUAACCAAGGUUUUAAAAGCUCAGGUUACCAAGUAGAUGGUGAUACUAUACUAUUAACUGACACAGAGGGACAGAUUUGCAUGUUUGUUUUGAGAUAGUUAUGUUAUAUUUAGGAAAUGCUUAGGAGACAUUUGAAAAUAGGAGGACACAGGAAAAGCAAAUCCGAGUAUCACUAGUAUGUAGGUGAUACUGCAAAUCGUGGAAGUUGUUGAGGUCACAUGUGGAAAGAAGAGAAGACAUGGGAAGACAGUGGCAUAGUGACUGGGGUCAGGAAGCAGGGAGAGAAAUGAAACUGACAGCAGUAAAUUUCCUUCCUCUGUAGUAGGAUGUAAUGGCCUGGAUAAAAAUGUAGGAACAGAUGUUAUUUUUUUUAAAGGAUCAUUUGUGUGUGUGUAUUUCUUUUAAAAUGGGAUUAAUAUAUAUUUUUAAGAAUGAACAAAAAUAUUACUACGUUUUUUUUAAUAUACUAUUGAUUCCUGGCCUUUAACAUCCAACCUAAAAUGGUUUCUACUAUCUGUGUAACAGAAAAAUUUUAAUGUAUAAGUGGCUGCAAUACAAAUUAUUGCAAUUUAUGUAUAUUGAGACCAAACAAUUCAUUAUUUCUUCAAGGGCAAGAACAUAAUAUAUUUUUGCCUCUGGGGAGGUGGGGGGGAAUGAUCAUUUUCAUAAGAGAAGGAAGGAUUCAGUGCUUUCUUUGCUUGUGGGUUUCCUCUUGUUCA